UCCUUCUUUUUGCAUUUUCGCGUUCAUUUAUUCUGUAAAAAAUAGAGAAAAAAUAAUUUUAAUUUUUGUGGGAAAUUUUUUUUAAAGAAAAUCAAAAAUAUUAUUAUUAAGUGCGUACAAAGUGAAGUGAAAAUAUAAGUUUUAACAAUGGAAUUAGAUUGGCAACAUGAGUUUCACGAAAUUAAAGAUCGCGCCCUAAAUUUGUUGCAGACAGAAAAAUGGGCGGAUUGUCGUUUCUUGGUUGGUGGUGCACCGCCCAAUCAAAGAAUAAUUGCUGGUCAUAAAAUAAUCUUGGCUAUGGCUUCGCCAGUAUUUGAGAGAAUGUUUUUUGGUCCGUCGGCAGCUAAAGAUGAUCCGAUUGUUAUACCAGAUGUACAGCCAGAUGCUUUCCAGGCGAUGUUGGAAUACAUUUACUCAGAUCGCAUAAAUAUCAGUUCAUUUGAUAAGGCCUGUGAGCUAUGCUAUGUGGCAAAAAAAUAUAAAUUACCCCAUGUGGUGGGUCAGUGCACACAUUUUUUGUGGUCGGACUUGAGUCCGAGAAAUGCCUGCCGGGCAUAUGAGUUUGCCAAGCUUUUUGAGGAGUCACGUUUGAUGCAAAAAAGUAUGGAGUUAAUUGCUGAUCAUACACGAGAAGUUCUAGCUGAUCCCAGUUUUAUGGAUAUUGAAAUGUCCACAUUAAUGGCUAUUUUGGAUCAAGAUAAAUUAAAUAUAGACUCUGAAUUGGACUUAUUUAAUGCUCUUUUGCGUUUUGCCAAUGAACGUGGAGUGCAACAGGCUGGGCCACAAAAUGAGCAGGGUGCUAGUGAGGGCGGUUUGCUAAGUGUCGAAGAAAUUAAAAUGGAACCAGAUGUAAAUGCCAUGAUGCAGGGUCAUGAUGAGCAUUAUAUGGAAGGCAAUGGCGAUAAUAAUUCUUAUCAUGAUAAUGCACCUUCCCCGGAUGUUGUAGUGGUAGUAGAUAGUGAUGCAUCUGUGGCAGAUGCUGAAGAAAAUGAAGAGGCUUCAGCUUCAUAUGGUCAACCUGCAACUUCGGCCGCAGCUGGGGCAGCUGCUAAUCUCAAUUAUUUGAUGGAUGCUCAACGUUUUGUUGUAGACGAGGAAAUGUUGAAAAAAGCAGUUAGAAAAAUACGUUUUCUUACCAUGACUCCACAGCAGUUUGCUGAGGGUCCCGCGCGCUCUAAACUAUUGCAACAACAUGAAGCUUUGGCCAUUCUAAUAAAAAUUUCUAGUCCUUCCAUUAAUGACUGUCCCAUGCCGGAGGGUUUUUGUAGUUCACGUUGCAGUCGCAACUACUAUGAACAGCGUAAUAAUCAACGGGAUUUAUCAACAUUCCUAAAUACACACCCGUCGAACAACUUUUUUGCUGCUAGCAGCAGUAGUGGCGGUGGAACUGGUGUUGGUGUUGUAAGUGCAAAUAGUUUUCCUUCUUUGGACGCACCAGUGGUUCAUAUUCAACCACAAAUUCUUAGCUCAAAUCGUAAUUCAAUGCUCAAUUAUGGUCACAAACCGCGAGAAAAUGUUGGCAUGUCAUUGGUUACGGGUGCUGGAGAUUCUGGAGAUGGUGCUACUCACGAUACACGUCGUUCGUAUUGUGUACGCACGGUUAAUCCUCAAUUUGAUUAUCGUAAUACAAGUGUAACCGAUUGCGGUUUAACAUUUCAAGUUGAUACAAAUAUUUGGAUAACAGGUGUCCAAGUACCCACCCAGGUACUUUGUGGUGAACUCAUGAAUUCCGCUGGUUUUUCCGAACGUUACACCGAAAUUCUCUACGCCCAUAUACAAGACGUACAAGGAUCUCGACUCAGCUACACACAUUGGACAUCCCGCGUCCGCUAUGAUUCCCUGCUAGAAAUCUCAUUCGAUCGUCCCGUCUAUAUCUACCGCAAUCAGAUCUACAAAGUUUUUGUAGUAUUUAAUAAAAUCGGUUGGUAUCCCAUGUAUACAUCUGUGCCGGAUGUCAUCUGUAAUCGUGUUAAAUUUCGUUUUAAUGUUGGUGAUCCUGGUGAGUCGGUACGUGAUGGACUGAUACGCGCCAUUGUCUUUUCAACGCCACAGGACAAUAGUAGAAAUAUACUGGAGUAAAAUGCCAGUUGGAUGUGAGUUUAGGAGUAAAGAAGACUUUAUGGCAAUAUAUAAGCACAAUUUGUUGGAAAAAAAGUAUUUUUCUUCUUUUUAUACUGUAUUUUUUAAAUGAAAUUUGCAAAUUGUAAUUUAAGUUUUAUUUUUAUAAAGUAUUAAUUUGGGUCUCUCAUAAAUAAAUAUUUUUUUCUUUAAA